AUGAAUUUCGGGAAGAAGAUGCGUGUCGCGGAUUGUGUGACUAGUAAAAGGGAACAAACUUUGAAUCCCCAAGCCAUUAAAAACUUGCAGACACGUGGAGACCACGCCGGAGCAUGGGCGGCGCCAUCUUGCCCAUGCCGGGAGCAGGAGCCGAGGGGGCCGAGCAGAGCCGGGGCCAUAAGCGACAGUGCCAAUGCGGACCCCAUGCCCACCGCAGCGGCCCCACCCAUGCCUGCUGAAGGCGGCAAACCCAACCCGGCCGCUGCGGGCAGCGCCGCACCCAGGGCAGCGCUGGGCGGGGGAGCUGGGGUGCUGCAGGGUGCCGAGGGCGGCGUGGCCGGCGAGAGGGGGUCCGUGCUGUUGUCCACAGCCAUGGCCGCUCCCCCGGAUGGGACCACGUCCAACGGCGUGUACAUCCUGCUCGUGGCCAAUGGUGACGUGAAGCCCAUGGUGUCCACCACGCCGUUCGUGGACUUCCUAAUGCAAUAAGAGGACACGCCCAUGAUACCAGAUGCUGUGACGGAGCGUCUCGGAGCAGCGUGGAGCCGCUCGAGAAUAUGA